GAGUAGGUUGAAGUCUCCUAAGAUGCCCGGUGGGCUGGGGCACCGGGAGCUGUGAAGAGGUCGUGAGGAGGCGGCGAGGGGAGACCCGCGGCAGGCCUGAACAAGAGCGGCGGCCGAGCCCGCCUUCCCUGCACCAUGCUUAUAGAGGAUGUGGAUGCCCUCAAGUCCUGGCUGGCCAAGUUACUGGAGCCGAUAUGUGAUGCUGACCCUUCAGCCUUAGCCAACUAUGUUGUAGCACUGGUCAAGAAGGACAAACCUGAGAAAGAAUUGAAAGCCUUUUGUGCUGAUCAACUUGACGUCUUUUUACAAAAAGAAACUUCAGGUUUUGUGGAUAAACUGUUCGAAAGUCUCUAUACUAAGAACUACCUUCCACCUCUGGAACCAGUUAAGCCUGAGCCAAAACCACCAGUCCAAGAAAAAGAGGAAAUUAAAGAAGAGGUAUUUCAGGAGCCAGCAGAGGAAGAACGAGAUGGAAGAAAAAAGAAGUAUCCUAGUCCCCAGAAGACUCGCUCAGAAUCUAGUGAACGAAGGACACGUGAGAAAAAAAGAGAAGAUGGCAAAUGGAGAGACUAUGACCGGUACUAUGAGCGGAAUGAACUGUACCGUGAGAAAUACGACUGGAGAAGAGGCAGGAGUAAGAGUCGGAGUAAGAGCCGAGGCCUGAGUCGAAGCCGAAGCCGAAGUAGAGGGCGCAGCAAAGACCGGGAUCCAAAUAGGAAUGUUGCAGAGCACAGGGAAAGAUCAAAGUUUAAGAGUGAAAGGAAUGACUUGGAGAGUUCCUAUGUGCCUGUGUCUGCACCACCUCCGAGCUCUUCUGAGCAGUACUCCUCUGGGGCACAGUCUAUUCCCAGCACUGUUACUGUGAUCGCACCUGCGCACCACUCUGAAAACACAACAGAGAGUUGGUCUAAUUACUAUAACAAUCAUAGCUCUUCCAAUUCUUUUGGUCGAAACCCACCACCAAAGAGGAGAUGCAGAGAUUAUGAUGAAAGAGGAUUUUGUGUACUUGGUGACCUUUGUCAGUUUGAUCACGGAAAUGAUCCCCUGGUUGUUGAUGAAGUUGCUCUGCCAAGCAUGAUUCCUUUCCCUCCACCUCCUCCUGGGCUUCCUCCUCCACCACCUCCUGGAAUGUUAAUGCCUCCGAUGCCAGGCCCAGGCCCAGGCCCAGGCCCUGGCCCAGGCCCAGGCCCAGGUCCAGGUCCAGGUCCUGGCCACAGUAUGAGACUUCCUGUCCCCCAGGGACAUGGCCAGCCUCCGCCUUCUGUUGUGCUUCCCAUACCAAGACCACCCAUAACACAGUCAAGCUUGAUAAACAACCGUGACCAGCCUGGGACAAGUGCAGUGCCCAAUCUUGCACCAGUGGGAGCAAGACUACCUCCUCCUUUACCCCAGAACCUCCUUUAUACAGUAUCAGAACGACAGCCCAUGUACUCUCGUGAACAUGGUGCUGCUGCAUCUGAGCGACUUCAGUUGGGGACACCGCCUCCUCUGUUGGCAGCUCGUUUGGUGCCACCUCGAAACCUCAUGGGAUCCUCCAUUGGGUACCAUACCUCAGUCUCCAGCCCCACCCCUCUGGUCCCAGAUACAUAUGAACCAGAUGGUUAUAAUCCAGAAGCUCCUAGUAUUACCAGUUCUGGUAGAUCUCAAUACAGGCAGUUCUUUUCAAGAACACAGACACAGCGCCCAAACUUGAUUGGCCUAACAUCUGGAGAUAUGGAUGCAAAUCCAAGAGCUGCUAAUAUUGUCAUCCAGACUGAACCACCAGUUCCUGUUUCAAUUAAUAGCAACAUAACCAGAGUAGUUCUUGAACCAGAUAGCCGAAAAAGAGCUAUAAGUGGUUUGGAAGGGCCGCUCACAAAGAAACCUUGGCUGGGAAAGCAAGGGAAUAACAGUCAGAGUAAACCAGGAUUCUUGAGAAAGAAUCAGUAUACAAACACCAAAUUAGAAGUUAAGAAAAUCCCUCAGGAAUUGAACAACAUUACCAAGCUCAACGAACACUUCAGCAAAUUUGGAACUAUUGUAAACAUCCAGGUUGCUUUUAAGGGAGAUCCAGAAGCAGCCCUCAUCCAGUAUCUUACUAAUGAGGAGGCCAGGAAGGCCAUUUCCAGUACUGAAGCAGUUCUAAACAACCGAUUCAUUCGAGUUCUGUGGCAUAGAGAAAAUAACGAGCAGCCAGCACUACAGUCUCCAACACAGCUACUCCUGCAGCAACAGCAAACACUUAGUCACCUGUCACAGCAGCACCAUCAUCUGCCACAGCACCUUCAUCAGCAGCAGGUGCUGGUGGCCCAGUCUCCUCCCUCAACGGUACAUGGGGGUAUCCAGAAGAUAAUGAGUAAACCACAGACAUCGGGGGCCUAUGUUCUUAACAAAGUUCCUGUUAAACAUCGUCUUGGACAUGCAAGUGGUAACCAGAGUGAUGCAUCACACUUACUGAAUCAGUCAGGUGGUGCUGGAGAGGAUUGCCAGAUAUUUUCAGCUCCAGGCCAUCCAAAAAUGAUUUACAGCUCCUCAAACUUAAAGACACCUUCAAAACUUUGUUCAGGGUCUAAAUCUCAUGAUGUUCAAGAAGUUCUUAAAAAGAAGCAGGAAGCAUUGAAGCUACAACAAGACAUGCGGAAAAAGAGGCAAGAAGUGCUAGAAAAACAAAUAGAAUGUCAGAAGAUGCUAAUAUCUAAGCUAGAAAAGAACAAAAACAUGAAACCAGAAGAGAGAGCAAACAUAAUGAAGACUUUGAAAGAGCUUGGUGAAAAGAUCUCACAGUUGAAAGAUGAAUUAAAAACAUCUUCCGCAGUCUCCACACCAUCUAAAGUAAAGACAAAAACAGAGGCUCAGAAAGAACUAUUAGAUACUGAACUGGACCUUCACAAGAGGCUAUCCUCAGGAGAGGACACAACAGAGUUACGGAAAAAACUCAGUCAGUUACAGGUUGAGGCUGCACGAUUAGGUAUUUUACCUGUGGGCCGAGGAAAGACCAUGUCCUCUCAAGGUCGAGGAAGAGGCAGAGGCCGUGGAGGAAGAGGAAGGGGCUCACUGAAUCACAUGGUUGUGGACCACCGCCCCAAAGCACUAUCAGUUGGGGGAUUCAUUGAGGAGGAGAAAGAUGAAUUACUUCAGCAUUUCUCAACUGCAAAUCAAGGGUCAAAAUUCAAAGACCGUCGGCUGCAAAUAUCAUGGCACAAGGCCAAGGUGCCUUCUGUAUCCACUGAGACCGAGGAAGAAGAAGUCAAGGAGGAGGAAACAGAGACCUCAGAUUUGUUUCUGCAUGAUGAUGAUGAUGAAGAUGAAGAUGAAUAUGAGUCUCGUUCAUGGCGAAGAUGAAAUCUGAUGCGAGUUGUAUAAUUUUUAGGAAUAUUGUUUAGAAGAACAACUUUUUAAAAUUAUUUAAAGAAGUCAAUGAGCCAAAAAUUUUUUUUAUUUUUCUUUUCCACACAGUAGGUUUAAGGACAGCAAGUUUGCUAUUUAAACACAUCUCAUAACUGUUCAUGAUAUUAAAGCACCAAAGGCCUAGUGACUUUUACACAGUUGUGAAGAUCCACAGGAAUGAUAUGGAUAAUCUCUAGAGCCUUAUUUUCCACACCACCUGUUUUGUUGCUAUUGGUGUUGGAUUAUGAUGUAAAUGACAGGGUGUUCAGAAAUUUUAUUUUGGAUUAUAAUCUGAUAAAAUUUCAUUAAAUGUCAAAAUCGCCUGGAAUCUCUUAACUCUCAGCUAUUAUGGAUGGGUCGUCAGAUAGAAGGAGAUAUUUGUAAUUAAAAUACCCUUUUGCUUUCAAGAGUUGUCUUGGAAGAAGAAAAGUAAAUUUAUUUUAAUUUUUUUUACUGUGGAGGAGCCCAGUUUGUAUUCAAUCUAAAUUUUCGAGGUGGGGGGGUGUUUAUGUGCAGUAGAAGUACUAUUUUAGUGUAAAUCAGACUGUAUUCUUAAAUGCUGUAAGGCAGUGGUAGCUAGCUCCAUGGUAUUUCCAUUCUCUCAUAUUAACUGUCCUGGAUUUAUGCUACUGAUCCUUAGUUUGCUUUGAAAUUAGUGAGUAUUGGUUCAGUUGGUCCUCUUUAAAAAUAUUCUCAGAAUGUAAAAGGCUUUCACCUCUUGCCCCUUUCUUAUCCCCAUUUUCUUUCUCCUGCCUUUUUAUUAACAGCCCUGACUUACCAGCUAUUGAGAUAAGUGAUUCUUUUGAGCCACCAAAAGUCAGUCCCCCAAUAAAAAGUUUAAACCAGCACUUUGAUAAAUAAGUGAUGUUUUGAUGAGAAAAAUGGAAGGUUUCCGCGGCGGGGGGAGAGAGUCACCAGCUUUUCUUUUUUCUUUUUCGAAGCUUCAGUCUAGUUAAUAGUUAUACAAAAGGGUUAAAAAGUGUCUGAAAUUCUUUUCCUAAAUUUAAACCAUGAUGGUGA